AUGGCGCCACCUGUCCCCGUAUACUCAGCUGAAGAGACUCGGCUACAAUACAAAGAUCAGCUCGAGAACCCACAAAAGUAUCAAUGCCAUCUUAAGUCACUAACGCAGCAUGAAUGUACUUUCAAAGCAGGUACAGAUACAACCCUGCCUCAAUUCAUAUGCUUGCCCUUCAAAAGACUUUUCCAGAGAUGUCUAAUACCAACUUUGGAACAAAAGAAUGGUAAGAAGAUUCGAGCGGAGAAGUGGAUAAAUAUCGAAGUGACGCAAGAGUCGACUAAUCAAGAUUUGUUGGAUGAGGAUUCAAAAUAUGCGAAGUAUGUUCAAGAUUUCCUAUCCGCCGAAAAGGACCUUAGGGAUUUGAUGGAAAAGGAGGCAGAGCUCAGCACCUGA